AUGGAUAUCAAAAAGAUUAAAACUCUGCUUCGAAGGAAAUUCAAGAGUGACCGGGCUCAGUCAUCGUCAGGAUCCGAUUCAUCCUUUACGACUCCGAAUACAUCGCCUCGUGCAUCUACCACCGUUGAUUCUCGUCAAGAUGCGUCUCCUCGACAACCUCCUCACGACGAGGCCCGCACGCGCUCUACAGAGCUGAACGGGAAGGGUGCCACAGCCAGUCAUGAGAAUGGCUACCUUCCUCCACACCGUUCUGUCGAAGAACUUUCAAGCGACCUCAGGCACAUUUCACUCGGAGACGAUGACCGCUUAAUGACAAGUCCUGGCUCGCAAGAAUACAGUGCAGAUGUCGCAGACCAUAACCCCGGAGCUAGAAGCAAUCAAGCUACAGCUAUCAAUAAUCGGGGUGUGCUGGGAGAGAAACAACGCAACACUCGGAGGACAAAGGGAGAGAAAAUGAAAGAGGAGAAGGACCAGCGUUCUUUCGACACGAAUGAACAUGACCGGCAUGUUCUCCCUGCUGCGGAUGGCCUGGGCGGAUAUCAACCAUCGGGACACCACCGGUCAUCGAUAGGGGCUCUCAGCAGUUCACCGACGUCGCAAAUAUCGAAUCGAGACUCAAUGUCACUGCGAAGAAAGCCAGUGGGGUCAGGACUCGGGUCGGCGGGAUGGCAAGCUGCAUUAGAUGGGUCAAUGGAAGAAGGGGGGGCCGUGAACGCUCACGCAGAACCACCAUCGCUGGACGGUGUUGUCGAUCUUACUAACACCGCAGACACAGAAGUGCAUGAACGUUGGGCGCCAGCUGUCACUCAUGAGACCGUUAUUCCCCAUCGUCACCAUAUUCGUGAGGAGCAGAUCCACCGAGAAAUCCACAACCACACCUAUUUGCAUCGAAUACAGCCCGUUCUAGAGUUUGAGGUCCUUCCUGCCCGACACUUCGUUCCAGAUUCCAGCGGCCAAAAAUUGGUGGAGGUAUCGGAAGAUGAACUUCCGGAAUGUACUGGCGACAACCAGAGAUGGUUCAUUGCAGAGAAGCGCUCGACCGUCACCCAUAAUGGCCGGCCGCCAAACGGAACCCAACCACUCACUGGUCUUGACCGGUGCACCCACCAACACUGGAGGACACGACGAAACUUCGAGGACCAACUUAUCCAGUGCAUUUUGGACAGUGCGGUGAAGACUGCGCUGUUCAAGAGGAUGGUGAUAAGAAAGAUAAACACUGCGAAAGGUGAUGAUUCUACCGAAGGUUUCUCAAUACACAUUAAGCCUGUACAAUAUAGCUUCUCGUACUAUCUUUGCUGCUGCAUCUCUAACAUUUAGGCUUUCUUCGUUCUUCAGCGUGGCGCAUUUGGAAUGCUGUAUCACUAGUUUCUUAUCGAUGUAAUGCAUACUUCACAAAAUAAGCCUGGGAGCUUCUUGCUUCUGUGUAAUGAUCGUCUCUCCACAUCGUUAUAUCACGCGCGGUAAAAGUUCUAUAUUCGCGAAAGCCCCGGGCCAAGGCCCUUAUGCUGCCACAAUUGUAACCCUUCUAUAGCCCUAUUUCGUCGUAAUGGUGAGGUGAUGCUGUUCGACAUUUAAGCUUUUCGAGAUUUCACGCCCUUAAACCUCUCGAAUCAAGGCCUGCGGGAGUCUGUCCCCCAUCAGUAGCACGGACGAAUGUCGUGCGGAUUCUGGGUAAAAAGAAUUAAUCAUAUCUCCAAGCUUUGGAUGAAAGCGCUUGUGAACUUCAUCCGUAAGCCGGAGUUUUCUUUGGCCUAAUGUUGCGUGCGUAAUGAAUCAUGAAUUCG